AUGGUGCGUCUGCUAAACGUCUACUCCAUCUCGGCCUUCGCCGCGCUCGGCGGCGCCCUCUUUGGCUUUGAUAUCUCGUCCAUGUCGGGCGUCCUCGGCACUGAUCAGUAUAAAGACUACUUCGGCAACCCGCUCGGUACGCGCCAGGGUGGCAUCACCUCUGCCAUGGCGGGCGGCUCUUUGCUCGGCGCUCUUUCGUCCUCCUAUCUCGGCGACAGGUUCUCGCGAAAGAUUUCGAUCCAGAUAGGUGCCGUGCUGUGGAUAAUAGGCUCAAUAAUCCAAGCCUGCUCGCAAAACGUCGCCAUGCUCAUCGUCGGCCGCGUAGUCUCCGGUCUCUGCGUCGGCCUCACCUCCUCCGUCGUACCCAUCUACCAAUCCGAAAUUGCGCCCCGCAAGAUCCGCGGCCGCGUGGUUUCCCUGCAACAGUUUGCCGUCACCUGGGGAAUCCUCAUCCAGUACUUUAUCCAGUACGGCUUCUCCUUCGUCGGCUCGCAGGCUUCUUUCCGCGCGCCCUGGGCGAUCCAGAUCUUCCCCGCCGUCAUCUUAUUCAUCGGCCUGAUGUGGUUCCCCAAAUCGCCUCGCUGGCUAGCGGGUAAAGACCGGUGGGACGAAGCGCUCAAUGUCCUUGCCUUUCUGCGCACGCCCGACGGCGACAUCAACCACCCGCUCGUGCUGGCAGAGUACAAAGAGAUCGAGGACCAGAUCCGGUUCGAGCGCGAGGAAGAGUCGAGCAGCUACCGCGAGCUGUUUAGCAAACGCAUGCGCAAACGCGCCAUCCUCGGCUGCUCGAUCCAGAUGUGGUCGCAGCUGUGCGGAAUCAACGUCAUGAUGUACUACAUCGUCUACAUCCUCGAAUCCGCCGGCGUCACAAACACUCUCCUCGCCUCCUCGAUCCAGUACGUGAUCAACAUGGUCAUGACCAUCCCCUCCAUCCUCUGGACCGACCGCUGGGGCCGCCGCCCGACCCUCCUCCUCGGCGCCUUCUCCAUGGCGGUCUGGCUCUUCAUCAUCGGCGGCCUGCUCUACCACUUUGGCUCCGUCAACCCGCACGCAGACGAAUCCUCCUACACCUGGUACGUCAUCGGCCACAAAUCCGCCACCCGCGCAAUCCAAGCCUGCGCAUACCUCACCGUCGCCUCCUUCGCCAUCUCCUGGGGCCCGAUCUCGUGGAUGUACCCGCCCGAGAUCAUGCCGCUCCGCAUCCGCGCAAAGGCCGUCUCGCUCUCCAGCGCGGCCAACUGGGCCACAAACUUCGCCCUCGGCCUCGCCGUCCCGCCCGUGCUGCGCGCAAUCAAAUGGCGCAUGUUUUUCAUCUUUGCCGCGUUCAACCUCGCAGCGCUCAUCCACGUCUGGCUCUUUGCGCCCGAGACUAAACAGCGCACGUUGGAGGAAAUGGACGAGGUUUUCGAGCACGGCGAUCCGCUAUGGAAAUCAUUCACGGGCGUAAAAGCAAACACCCGUCUCGAAGGCAUCGCGCACGCCAUCGAGCUGGGGAAUCUGAAAAUGCACAAGGAGGUUAAUGUCGAGAUGUAUGAUGAUUUCGAAGGAAGCGGCACGAGCUCCACAUAG